UAAAAUUGUAAACAUUGAAUUUUGACAUUUUGGCAUUUUAUUUAGACAUUACGUUAAUCAAAAUUAUAAUUAGAAUACAACUAAUCGAAUUGUCGAAAUUGAGCAAUAUGAGCUCUCUUAGAUGCAUAUAAAAUCCAAAAGUUAUGUAACAAACCUUAUAUAUAAAUCAAAAGUUUAAUAAUGGAUGAGGUAUUAUUCAGGAGUAGCCGCUCAUUUGAAAAUUUGCAGGUACAACUUGAAAUAGUGGCCAACAAAAGCAAGGAUCUCUUUAAUCAGCAGUUAAUAACGAUUAAGGCUUUUAUAGCAAAAGUGAUAGAAAGCUCGAAAUUCGAUUCAAUUAGAUGUCAGAUUAACAAUAUUUCUGUUUUAAUUAUUAAAUUAGUAAACGAUGCUAAAAACUUAAUUAUUUAUGUAACAAAUCCAAGACGUAUCAGCCACAUUUUACAUAAUCUCUUUAAUCAAAAAUGGACAAAAAGAGAAAUUGGUUUCUGCUGUGCAGGAAUAGUUUUAGGCACUAUAGCAGGUAUUGCAAUAGGGUUGAUGAUGUCAGAAAAAAAAACUGAGUUUCGAUAUAUGCAGGCAGUACAAUGCUGUAAUUAUGAAGGAACUGAGAAUGUUCAAGUUGUUGAAGAUGCAAAAUCGCCCUAUGAAUGCAAAGACAACGAAGUACUUAUUACAGUUAAAUCGUCUUCCGUGCAUAUCAUAGAUGCUCAAAUUUGUUCAGGGUACGGACGUCACCUGAGACGAAUCUUAGGACGACUGUUUAAUCAAUCGAAAUGCGAUAUUCCAGUAACUCUGGGUAGAGAUUGUUCUGGAAUAGUGACUGAUUUAGGUAGCCAAGUUAAUGAGUUAGAGGUAGGUGACGAAGUAUGGGCAGUAGUUCCUUUCUGGUCACAAGGUGUCAUGUCUCAAACUGUUUUGGUGCCAAAUUAUAGAGUUUCCAAAAAACCUAAGAAUAUUGGUUUCACUGGAGCCUCUAGUUUACCAUAUGCAGGAUGCUUGGCUCUUGCAGUACUCAAACAGGCCAAUAUUAAUGCGCGCAAUGCUCAACAUAGAAAAGUUUUUAUCCUGGGAGGAUGUACGCCAGUAGGGUGCGUGUUAAUUCAACUAUUGAGACAUUGGAAGGCCCAUGUUACUACUACGUGCCAUCAACGUGCCCUGCCCGUCGCAAAAGCUUUAGGAGCCGUGGACGUAAUACUGGUUGAUUCGCCAACCUCCAUGGUGAAUGGUACACAAACGGAAAGCGAAUUUCCUUUAGAUAAAAUUAGUCUGUGUAAAGAAUUAGAACUUAAAGAGUACAAAUACGACGUAAUAGUUAAGGCAACCGAGACAUCUUUAAGCGAUGAUCAAUUGAAAGCGUUUUGUAAAGAAGGCGGCGAUGUGAUUUCGGUUACACCCCCGAAACAUAGUUCAGAUAGCAUGGGAUAUUUCGGGUUAUUGAUAUUUGGCUUGUAUGUUCGGUGUAAAUACUAUUUAUUGAGACCGUUUGGAUUACAUUUGAAUUAUUUUGACGAAACUCACUUUUGUAGCGCCUCUUUGGAUCAACUUUCAGAAUUUGUUGAAACCGGUUUAGUGAAAACUGUGGUUGAUAAAGUAUACAGUCCUCAGGAUAUAGAAUCUGCUCUUACACAUGUACAAUCAACAAGAUCUAUUGGAAGUACCAUAAUAACUUUCAGAUAAUAUUGAGUUUUUAGUAAAUAUUCCUAGUAGUUACAUGUACAAUUGUUUUAACGAAUUUGUAACUGGUACAAAAGCUAUUCAAUGUUUUGUCACAAUAGCAAUAUUGGUCAAUAUAUUGGUUAACAGAUUUUAUAUAUAAACUGGUGUAUUAAAUCUAUGUUAUUAA